CUCGUCUCUCGAUCUCUUUCGAGGCACGCUCCAGUGAGAGACUCUCUCACCAGUAGCGACUACCGGUUUACACCCAAGUCAGGACGUGCAGCUGGGCGGCGGCUCAUCCCAACAUGCCUCGUUUCGAAGAACACCUCCCCACCCGACCAGUGAAUCGAGACAAGGCUGAGUCGGAGCUUGAUCUCAACAUCAAAAAGGCCACCAGCGCAGAUGAGACAGCACCCAAGCAGAAGCAUGUCCGAAAAUGCAUUGUCUACACCUGGGACUACCGCACUUCGCAGUCAGUGUGGAACGGACUGCGCGUCCAGCCGAUCCUCAGCGAUGAGGUCCAAACGUUCAAGGCUCUCAUCCUGGUUCACAAGGUCCUCCAAGAGGGCCAUCAAGUCGUCUUGAGGGAGGCCCAAGCUCAGAUUGGCUGGUUUGAAACAUGCGCACGCACUGUUGGCUCUGACAGCAUUCGAGGAUACGCUCCCCUGAUCAGGGCAUAUGUCUCCUUCAUCCUGGCAAAGCUCCGUUUCCACCGACAUCACAAAGAGUUCAACGGUCUCUUCGAAUACGAAGAGUACAUUUCUCUCAAGAACAUCGACAACCCAGAUGAAGGCUACGAGACAAUCAUGGACCUCAUGAACCUCCAGGACCAGAUCGAGCAGUUCCAGAAGCUCGUCUUUGCCCACUUCCGAGGCUCGGCCAAUAACGAGUGCCGCAUCUCUUCGCUGGUUCCGUUGGUAAAGGAGAGCUAUGGCAUCUACAAGUUCCUCACCUCCAUGCUUCGCGCCAUGCACAGAAGGACAGAUGCCAUGGACGCCCUCGAACCUUUGCGAGGUCGAUACAAUACCCAGCACUAUGCUCUCCGCCGAUUCUUUUACGAGUGCGCCAACCUCAAAUUUCUCACCUCGCUCAUCAACGUGCCAAAGCUCAACCAUGACCCGCCGAACCUGUUCGACUCGCCCGAUGGGCCCGAGCUGCCUGCAAGACGAGAGACAACGCCCAAGCCAUCGACUCCUGUGGGCCCUUCGCAAGCCGAAAUUGACGAGCAGGCGAGGAUGCUCAAGGAGUACGAGGACCGCCAAAAGGCGCUGAAGGACGCCGAAGAUGCCGAGAAGCGCAGGCAAGCCGAGCUGGCGGCGCGCCAGCAGCGAGAAUUCGAGGAACAGCAGAGGCUGCAGGAAGAGAAGGAGAGGCAGGAAAGGGAGGCCCUGAUGCGUGCACAGAUGGACCAAAUGGCUGGCGGACGAGCUGCCGAACUUGAGCGCGAACUCCUGGCGAUGCGUGGCCAGUACGAGCGGGAUCAGCUGAUGCUUCAGCAGUAUGACAAUCGAGUUCGAGCGCUCGAGAACGAGCUUGCAAUGAUUGGACAAAACGUCAACGCGCAGCUAGGAAGCAAGGAUGACCUGCUGAAGCAGCUGCAGGACCAGGUGACGCUCUGGCGAAACAAGUACGAGGCCCUCGCCAAGCUCUAUAGCCAGCUCCGAACCGAGCACUUGGACAUGUUGGCCAAGUACAAGCAGAUGCAGAUCAAGGCUGGCAGCGCCCAGGAAGCCAUCGACAAGAUGGAAAGAAUGGAGCGCGAUGUCAAGGCGAAGAACCUCGAAUUGGCCGACAUGAUCCGAGAGCGAGACCGUGCCCGCUUCGAUCUCGACCGGGUGAAGGCCAGCCAGAAGGAAGAGUUUGACCGGCUCAAGCGGGACCUGAUGUUUGCCAACGAAAGGGCUGAAGAUGCGACGCGGAACAAGAGUACAGAGAUGUCGGGCAUGAUGUCGACGCUCAACCGACAGAUUUCCGAACUCGAAGAUGAGCUGCGAGGGAAGCGCGAUCGAUCCGACGAGCUGAUGCGCAAGCUCGACGAAAAGGACUCCGAGAUUGCCAGGCUACGCGAUGAGAAGGACGCAGAAAUGCAAAUCAUGCAAGAGGGUAUGGAUGCGACCAUCAAGCAGAUGUCGGAUUUGCAAAUGAACCAGGGCGUCAGCGACGAAGCUGUCAAUGCACAGAUUGACACCUUGAUCCUGGACAAUACAAAGAAGCUCAACGCCAUCAUCGAUUCAAUCUUGCAGGCGUGCGUCGAAAAGGUCGACGAUGCUCUGUACGAGCUCGAGAACCCCUCUGCCUCGGGCAACACAAACGCCACGCCCGAGUACGUCUUGUCGAUGAUCGAAAAGGGCGUGGGCUCUGGCAACGAAUUUGCAGCCACCUACAGCCUCUACCUUUCACAGGAGGCCGGCGGCGAACACGUCGAGGUCAUCAAGAAGGCUAACCAAUUGGCACAGACGAUGAGCGACGUCCUCAUCAGCACCAAGGGCAUUACACGCCUGGCGCAGAGCGACGACGCUGUCGACAAGAUUGUCUCUACGGGUCGCACUUCGGGCGACGUCAUGCUGCGCUUCUUCAGCUCCCUACAGUCUUACCGCCUGGCGGGUGUGGCCCCUGCUCAGCGGCGCGAUGUCGUUGCUCGGCAAAGCAUGGAGGCAAACAACGCCUUCAAGGCUAUCAGCGACGUCGUUGAGGGCAUGGUCAAGGCUGGUGACCGCAUGCUGGCCACUGCCAACGGUGAUAUUGGCGACAUUGUCGAACGUGAGAUGAACAGUGCCGCUCAGGCCAUCGAGCAGGCCACACAGCGCCUCCAGGCUCUCAUGGCUCGUCCCAAGGACACCGAUCGAUUCAGUGCUGUCAACCUGCAAGUCCACGACGCCAUUCUGGAAGCGUCACUGGUCAUAACCCGUGCCAUUGCCGGCCUCAUCAAGGCGGCCACCGAGUCGCAGCAGGAGAUCGUGGCCCGCGGCAAGGGCACCAGUACCAACCAGCAAUUCUACAAAAAGAACCACCGCUGGACCGAGGGCCUUAUCUCCGCGGCUCGGGCUGUGGCCUUUGCAACGACGAUGCUCAUCGAGUCGGCCGACGGCGUCAUCACGGGUACGCACAAUCUCGAGCAGCUCAUUGUCGCUUCCAACGAAGUCAGCGCGGCGACCGCCCAGCUGGUUCUUGCUUCGCGUGUCAAGUCGGAGUUCAUGAGCAAGACGCAGGACAGGCUGGAGCGGGCGGCAAAGGCUGUGACGGAUGCAUGCAAGGCCCUUGUCAAGCAGGUCAAGACGUUGACCGAGCAGCAGUUCCAGCGCAGCCAAGCCGAUGUUGACUACUCGGCACUGCCUGCGCACGACUUCAAGGUCAAGGAGAUGGAGCAGCAGGUAGAAGUGCUCAAGCUCGAAAAAGAGCUCAAUCAAGCCAGACAGACGCUCGGAGCCAUGCGCCGCGCCGGCUAUCACGAUGUCGAGUAGCUCUCUUUUGGAUGUCCUUUCGAGUAGCUCUCUAUUGCAUGUCCUUCCGUUACCCCACUGUCUGCUACUACUGUCUCAGCAG